CACAGGCCUGCACUGGAGCUGGUCCCAAACCCCUCCUGCUGCACUCAAUACCUGCAUCAAACAAAGAAAAUUGUGUUUGCCGGGCUGGCUGGCUGAAGUCACAAGAUUCCCAGUAUCACACAGGGCUCCGGAAUGCCUGUGAAACCUCCCGAGGAGGGGAAGAUUGUGCACCCCACCUUUCAGAUAACUGCCUUUAGUACAAGCCUGAAAAACCAUGUGAUGGUCAUGGACCUGGUAAAGAGGGACUGGCUUCCUUCCCAGAGACGAGCUAAAGUUUGUUUCAUCCACACGUGCCAAGGCCUGAAGGUGGCUGAGCGGCAAGUCAGCAGAUACGAGGGGAUGUUGGCAUCACAAAACACAAAAAUGAUAUCGCCUAUCAUUUCCCAGCUGAUUGAUGAGAGGAAAUCAAUGGAAAACGGAGCCCUGCUGCCUCUGCCACAAGCCAUCGUUCAAGCUCAACUGUGUCCCCCAAAGCCAGCUUCGGCCAGGCACAGCGGAGUGAACACGUACAGGUCAUUUGCUCCAGACAGUCUGGGAAUUCUGACUCCAUCCGAUGAGCAAGGACUAGAGACAGAACCACUGUCCACAGGGGACGAUCUGGGCAGAGGCCCCCAGAGGGGGUUCUCAUCUAUCACCAUCACUGCGCGACGUGUGGGCCCUCCUGCCAACUCCCUGGUGUGGGACACUGUUAGGGACUCACUAUGUCCCAAUUGCAGGGCCAAGGAUGCUUUGCUCCAAGACCCUCCAGCUCUGGCCAGUGGUACCCAUCUAUGUCAGCACAGCGGAUCCUUCACCUGUACAGAGUUCCCCAGCAGGGGCUCCAUAGAGGGGAUGAAGGUACCCCAGGCUCAUACGAGGCUGUGUGCGAGGCAGGAGUACUGGAUCUCCCAAAUGGGUGACAAAGAGGACAGUUUUUCUUCAGACAGUUCACCAUCAAGAAAAGUGCCACUGGUGUUCAGUUCAUGUGUCCACCUCCGGGUGUCUCAGCAAUGUCCCAAUGCCAUUUACUAUUUGGACAAAUCGCUUUCCGUCCCCCUUGAGCAACCUCAGAUUGCUAGCCCCAAAGUCCACAGGUCUGUCUUGUCUCUCAGCCUCCGCUGUAGUUCCCACAGGUUAACAGCAGAUGGCGUAGACAGCACAGCUAAUGGCGAACCAAUCAGCAGAGCCCUGCCGCAGGAGCUCCUGGAGGGAAAGCAGGACCUCCUAGGUCCACAAUUGGGCCAGCCACAGGAAGGUCACUGGAAGGAGAGCCCAGCAUUGGUGCCAGUACUUUUGGGGAGUGGCACGUGCCCUCGGACUAGCUCCCCUCCCCUGGAAAAAGUCAAAUUUGCAGAUGGGAGAAGGAACCAGGUCCCAGUAAGAAAGGAGAAAGAGGAGCUUGCAACGUGUACCACUAGCAGCCAUGCCGACCAACUCUCCAUCCAUAUUCCCGGCUGGAGUUACCGGGCAGAUUACACCUGCUGCGACUUGGUUGUAAAACUAAAGGAAUGCAAGAAGCACGAGGACCUCCUUGCUGCUCCUGAGUCCUCACCAGCAAUACCCUCUCCACCAGCCGCAGAGGAACCACGGAGCUCUGACCCGUUGGAAGGGAGUUCUGAGCCUCGGCACCUGCUGUCAAGCUCCAUGACCUUGCAGGAAGCUCUGGAAGUCCGUAGACCUCAGUUUAUUUCUCGCUCACAAGAACGGCUGCAGAAACUUAAGCACAUGGUACAGCAAAGGAAAGCGCAACAAAAGGAAAACCUGGGGCAGAAGCAGAGCCUACUUCCUGUCCGUGCCCACAAGAAGCAGUUCACCGUUCCCCAUCCUCUUAGUGAUAACUUGUUCAAACCCAAAGAAAGGUGCAUUUCAGAGAAGGAGAUGCAUAUGCGGUCUAAAAGAAUCUAUAAUAACUUGCCGGAAGUUAAAAAGAAAAGAGAAGAGCAAAAGAAAAGAGUGAUCUUACAGAGUAACAGACUCCGAGCAGAAGUCUUCAAAAAGCAAUUACUGGACCAGCUUCUUCAGAGAAAUGCCGUCUGAUCUCAGGUGGCCCUGCUAGCCACAGCCUAGAUCUGGGAAGACGUCCGAUGUUGGAUGACCCAUUAAACUUAACACUGUCUUCACAUGUGAAAGAUACUUUUAUUUUACUUUUUUUUUUUUUUCUUUCGGAAAGACCCAAGGAAACAAAAGCAACAGCCCCGGAGUCAAAAGAUCAGCAGUCCGUUGCUGGGACUUCUGUUACUCGGAACCUGCUUGACAUACCACCCCACCCCCUUUUUAAUUAUUAUUAUUAUUACUUUGACUUGUGAAUUUUACCAUUGCUUCUGAAGUUUCCAGUAUACCAUUUCCACCCAAGCAGGGAAGCUUUAUAUAUUCAAGUAUGCUUAGAUAUUGUUUUUUUUUUUUUGGAGGCGGGGUGCAGUGGGUUUUUUUUAUUAAGUUUUUGAGAAGCAAAAAUCUACCAUAUUUUAAUUCCUAAUCUUAGUGGCUGCCAAUUCUGAAAUCCAAAGUAUGGCUCAAAGUCUGCUUAUCAUAUACACCUUGGAGCACCAGAGGCUGACUUUGAAAUGGACAGGCAAAGAGGCAGCACACAGGCAAA